AUGAACGUUCGAGAGACACGUUUAGCGACUUUGAUAGCACACACAUUGAUAUUGAUCUCCACCUAUACACUACUACCGUAUCCACUGAGGUGGAUACCAACAUCAGUACUUCAUGGUCUAUUUCUUUAUAUGGCGUUGACGUCGUUGGCUGGUAAUGAGAUGUUCGAACGAUUACUGCUGCUUAUCACUGAACAGGUUCCUUAUUCUCUUACAUUUCUCUUUUUUUAG